AGCAGCGGGGAGCGCCCUGCCUGGCGGGCCCCACGGCCCAGCCGCGCACGCUCCCCGCCUUUGUUCCCAGCCCCUACAGAUGGUGCCCGGCUUGGGUCUCCGAGGGAGGGAUGGAGGGGGUGGAAAGGGGGGGCAGCCAAUCAGGAGCCGGCCCAUCAGCUGACCUGCUUUGCUUACACCAGGUGCACGCUGGCUGCAGGCAGCACAAAGCCCAGCGGAGGAGGAGGAGGAGGGAAGGCGGCAGCGGAGAAGAGGAGGAGGAGGAAGAAGACGACGACGACCGAGGGACUGGCUGGCUGAGCAGUGGGGUGUGGAGCGGACACCGCAGCCAGCAGCGCUUAGGGCUUGGCCGAGACUUUGAGUUUUUUUCUUCUACAAAUUGUAUCGCGCUUUUCCCCACCCCCCGGUGGGGGGGAGGGGACUGGACCCUGACCCAAAAACAAUCCCAGCCACGUCCCCCCGUCCCCUUUCCGUGAACGGGGCAUCUUCUGCCCAGGGGCAGCAGCUGGUGGAUGGGCAGCCAGCCUGCUCCCGUCCUUCCGCGUCCCAGCGUGCGGCUAGGGGCAGGAGUCGGGGCUUAGCAUCCGCCGCCUCGCACCCGCUGGGAACCUCUCCAGACACUGAUUUGGGUUAACCAACUCAUGCAGCAGAGCUUUGUACAAGCACUCGGAACAAAAGAGAAAAGUGAAGAGAUUCUGAAAAGCAUCUUCCAUAUUCUGAAUGUCCAAAAGUUUCAACCUAAACUUUAAUUUUUACUUUUUUUUUUCUUGAUACUGAUUUAUAUAUUCAAUCUUUUGCUAUUUUAAGGGGUUAGGCAGUUGAACUUACUAGCAAACCAACAUGGCUAGGAUUAAAUUGGUUUUAAUAGCUUGCCUGUUGGUGCUAGAAUUGCUAAUGAAUUCAGUAACUGAGCCUUCCAUACAGAAUAAUGAAUGUCCACAGCUUUGUGUAUGUGAAAUCAGGCCAUGGUUUACACCACAGUCGACCUACAGAGAAGCUACAACAGUUGACUGCAAUGACCUUCGUUUAACAAAAAUCCCCAGCAAUCUUUCCAGUGACACUCAAGUUCUUCUCUUACAAAGCAACAACAUUGCAAAGACCACAGCUGAACUCCAACAGCUUUUCAAUUUAACAGAGUUAGAUUUUUCACAGAAUAAUUUUACUAGUAUCAAAGAUGUGGGGCUCUCAAAUCUGACUCAGCUUACUACUUUACAUCUGGAGGAAAACCAGAUAACAGAGAUGACUGACUACUGCUUGCAGGACCUUUGCAAUCUUCAGGAACUAUAUAUAAACCAUAACCAGAUUCGUAGCAUCUCUGCAAAUGCAUUCUCUGGCCUGAGGAACCUUUUAAGACUUCAUCUUAACUCUAACAAAUUAAAGGUUAUUGACAGUCGUUGGUUUGAUUCUACUCCUAACUUGGAGAUCCUUAUGAUUGGGGAAAAUCCAGUGAUUGGAAUACUAGAUAUGAACUUCAAGCCACUCUCAAAUUUAAGAAGUCUGGUUUUGGCAGGUAUGUACCUCACUGAUAUUCCUGGAAAUGCAUUAGUAGGCUUGGAUAGUCUUGAAAGUCUUUCCUUUUAUGAUAACAAAUUGGUCAAGGUUCCUCAGCUUGCUCUUGAGAAAGUUCCAAAUUUAAAAUUCCUUGACCUCAACAAAAACCCAAUUCACAAAAUCCAAGAAGGUGACUUUAAAAAUAUGCUGCGAUUGAAAGAACUUGGGAUCAAUAAUAUGGGAGAACUAGUUUCUGUUGAUAGGUAUGCACUAGACAACCUACCUGAACUGACAAAGCUUGAAGCUACCAACAAUCCAAAGUUGUCUUAUAUACAUCGUUUAGCAUUUCGUAAUGUUCCUGCUCUGGAAAGCCUGAUGCUGAACAACAAUGCUUUGAAUGCAGUCUACCAAAAGACAGUGGAAUCCCUUCCAAAUCUGCGUGAGAUCAGUAUUCACAGUAAUCCACUCAGGUGUGACUGUGUUAUUCACUGGAUCAACUCAAACAAAACCAAUAUCCGUUUUAUGGAGCCUCUAUCCAUGUUUUGUGCUAUGCCACCAGAAUACAGAGGACAACAGGUGAAAGAAGUGUUAAUACAGGAUUCAAGUGAACAAUGUCUUCCAAUGAUUUCUCAUGACACUUUUCCAAAUCAUUUGAAUUUGGACAUUGGCAUGACAGUGUUUCUAGAUUGUCGGGCCAUGGCAGAACCCGAACCAGAAAUUUAUUGGGUAACUCCACUUGGAAAUAAAAUAACAGUUGAAAGUCUCUCAGACAAGUACAAGCUGAGUAGUGAAGGUACCCUGGAAAUCUCGAAUAUUCAGAUUGAAGACUCUGGAAGAUAUACAUGUGUUGCUCAGAAUAUAGAAGGGGCUGACACAAGAGUAGCUACUAUAAGAGUGAAUGGAACUCUUUUGGAUGGUACACAAGUGCUGAAAAUAUAUGUCAAGCAAGCUGAAUCUCAUUCGAUAUUAGUUUCUUGGAAGGUUAAUUCCAAUGUCAUGACCUCCAAUUUAAAAUGGUCAUCAGCCACUAUGAAGAUUGAUAACCCUCACAUUACAUACACCGCGAGGGUCCCAGUUGAUGUACAUGAAUAUAACCUCACUCAUUUGCAGCCAUCCACAGAUUACGAGGUCUGUCUAACUGUAUCAAAUAUCCAUCAGCAAACUCAAAAGUCUUGUGUUAACGUUACAACAAAAAAUGCAGCUUUUGCCCUUGACAUUUCCGACCAAGAAACCAGUACCGCCCUUGCAGCUGUAAUGGGUUCAAUGUUUGCUGUGAUCAGCCUUGCCUCCAUCUCUGUUUAUAUUGCUAAAAGGUUUAAGAGAAAAAACUACCACCAUUCGCUGAAAAAGUAUAUGCAAAAGACCUCUUCAAUCCCACUGAAUGAGCUCUAUCCGCCACUUAUUAAUCUCUGGGAAGGUGACAGUGAAAAAGACAAAGAUGGUUCUGCAGAGACCAAGCCAACCCAAGUCGACACAUCCAGAAGCUAUUACAUGUGGUAACUCAGAGGAUAUUCUGCUUCUGGUAGUAAGGAGCACAAAGGCUUUUUUGCUUUAUUCUGCAAAAAUGAAAAGUUGAAGACGUUUGUAUUUUUUUGACUUUGCUAGUUUGUGGCAGAGUGGUGAGGACAGGUGGAUAUUUCAGAAUUUUUUAGUAUAGCGUAUCGCAAUUGUUUGACACAAAUGGCAGCUUCACCUAGCUUCCAAUUUCUUUUUUUUAGUUGUGCUAACUUAAUGCUGUUCUAACUACAGUACUGAAUAAAAUUAAUGACAGGCUGGGGUUACCUUGUGAUUCACAGCUAGCACAGCCCCUUUCUUCUGAAGCCAUCAGUAGAGAGUACAGUAUCCUGCAACAGCUAACAUACAGUUUUGAAAUGGCAUUGAACCAGUUUUGUAACACUCUGGUCUGAAGACUCAAACUGAGAAAAGAAGAUCUUCAGUGAUGUUAGUUGACUGUACUGUAAUGUUGUAUCAACUGAUUUGAAUGUUUUUGACUUUAAACAAUGACUUUUUUCUUUUUUUGUAAUAGUUGAAAAGGCUUAGGUAAACCUAACAGGCAAUAGAAAUAUGUGCAUCUGAUUUUUUUUUAAAAUGUAACAGACUAAAUGUUAAUUAUCUUAUUCUUUUUAUUAUAUUUAGUAGACACUUUUAAAGAAUACUAGCCUUUUGUUGUGCUUAAUCCACCAACACAUGGUGUAUAAUGAAGGCAAAACUAUAAUAAAUUACAGUUUUGUUCUGAUUUUUUUUAAAACAGUCACAAUAAUGUAUUGUUUUUAGUUGUCACUAGUCUGACUGAUGAUCAUGUUUGGAUAUAAAAUAUAUCCAAAUUAUUAUGUAAAAUUGUGGGGGGUGUUAAAGUCCAAUUUCAACAGAUUUUCAGUUUUUGCUCUAAAGAAGAAAUAUCUAUUUUAACUGGGAUUUUUUUCUGCACUGUUUUUCAAUAUUAAAAACAGAGUACUGCAGAGUACCUAAUCAGAAAGAUAUCAAGCAGAGUAAGGGCUGUAACUGUAUCACAUGGAAAAUCAGAACUGCCUCAAUGCAAGGGACUGGACUAGAGGACCUCUCGUGGUCUCUUCCAGCCUAUAUUUCUAUGAUACAACUUAGGUACACAUCAAGAAAAUACAUUGAACGUGGCCCAUUUUCCUUUCUGUACACAUUUUUGUUUAUAUUAUAAGCUAAGUUAUACAUGAAGCAAGUGUUUGGCUGUCACUGACAAUUAAAGAAGAAAGGCAACUCAACAUCACUAAAUCAAUUAUAAUAGUAUAAUUAUAAUAGUCCACAAAUGUUUACCUGUAAAAAAAAAAAUCCAUGUUAUUUGGAUUAGUGUAUUUUAAAGUAUCAAUUAGGGUAUUUACAACUCUGAUACAAUAUCUCAUGUGGGAUGGGGGAUUAACAGCCAAUAUCUAUUUUAUAGACUUUCAUAUCUGUAGUUCAAAAUAUUUUACUAAAUUGAAGAAUAGUUUAAGAUAGUACAAAAUUACAGACAACAGUGGUGUGAAUAUAUGAAUAAUUUAGGGCUGGAUUUUCAAAAGCACUCAACCUUGGCCUUUCUACUCUCAAUAAAAUCCUUGACAGGGACUGUUCAUUGUGAGGUCACAAAGGGGAAAGGGUUUCUAAUGAAGCAUCUUUUGUAGUCAUGCCAGAUGCCAAGUGAGGAAGCAGAAAAUUUUGUGUAGUAUAUUAAUUUUCUACUACCCCUCUUCUCCUUACCCAAAAGGUGGCUAAGUGCUGACCCUGCAAUGAUCAUUAACUAUGUGCAAUGGGAUGUUUUUGCAUACCGAUGAGCUAUUUUUGAGUUAAUGAUGAGCACAAAUAAAUUGUCUGAAUGCUGAAAAUGUAGUUUUAUUUAAAAAAAAAAUCUUCAGUAACUCAAAAAUGACAUUUCCCUAAAACUUUCUGGUAUGAAACUAUCCACCCUUGUCUCAAGCUCAAAGAAUUUUUCUUCAGACAGUUACGUCUGAAUAUGAGAAAUAAAGUCUCAACAUCAACCUAAGCACUGGAAUAAAUUGCCUAAGGAGGCUGUGAAAUCUCCAUCAUUGUCUAACCUGCUCUUAAAAAUCUCCAAACACCUGUCAGGGAUGGUCUACUUUAGUCCUGCCAUGAGUGCAGGGAACUGAACUAGAUGACCUCUUGAGGUCCCUUCCAGGCCUACAAUUCUAUGAUAAUCUUUCAUAUAAGUUUCACUGCUGCAAAAGCUUCAAUAUAAUAAUUUUAUAUAGUUAAUGUAUAGCUUCCUAAAUCUCAUAUUUUAAUUAAAGAGUUUGGUAAAACUAUUGGUUUUCAUGUCAAAAAUAAUGAACUUAUAUAAAAUUCUUUAUAUGGUUAUGAAAUCUCAAAUCUUUACCUACAUGCCUGCUGUAUAUAGGUUUUUUAAGUGUUUCUUUUACUUGUGGAGAGGAAAUGAGGUGGGGAACUCUACUAUGUCUACUUCUUAAUGUCAAUUUCUGCCUCUUUCUGAUGUGCAGCUUCAGAGCAAUAAUUACCACCUUGUAUACAUGUAGUUGUAAGCUAGAGUUGCCAUUGCUCUGAUAGCAGACUUGAUUAAAAUUGGGAUCUGCUCUGCAGUGGAGAUGCACUCUUGGAUUCUUCAAUGUAAAGGACACAGUAAGGACAAGGCUGACAGAAAAUUAUGGCUUCCCACUUGCGUGGCCUCAUCAAAUAGUCUUUACAAAAUAAUUCACUGAGUGUUAGAUGCUGCAGUAUAGGCCUCCUCACCAUCUCUUCAGCAGCACUGCAUAGCUGUAUAAUGAUACUCCAAGUAUAAGAUGACCACAAAGACAAUGCUAUUGUACCUGAACCUCCUAUCUGAACUAGUGCAGGAAGAGGCUAGUUUGUGUCUACAGCUUCUGCAGUGUAAUGGGCUAUGAAAUAAUGUUCACUGUGUUUUCUGUUGAGAAAUCAUGGGCCAGCGGUAGCACAACAAUACCUCAUCCUGGAUGAUAUUUGUUACCUUACUAAGAAGCCAUGACAUCAAGGAAGAAAGGGCAGGAGACAAGUCAUGCAGUAAUUUUGUCAUGUAGCUUCUUCAACGUAUUUCAAUUUGUAAUUUUUUCCAGGUUGUCCAUGCUAAUGGACACAAGUCUCUGGGUGAAAGAUCUGGGUUACUACACAGAUGAAUUGAAAAGUGAGAGGCACCAAGUGCGUGGUCUAUAUUAUCCACAGAUAGCCACUGCCUAUAUGUACUUCAGUCUAGUAACUCAGACUGAGAAGUUAGGAUAUAUCUACACUGCAAUGUAAGCCUCUGCUUGAGCCCUGACUCCAGGCUAAUCCCCCUUGCACCUACAUUGCAAUUACACUAACCCAGGACUCAGACCCUGGGUCUCAAGCCCCUGCAGGGCUGGAGGGUCCAAGCUCAAGUCAAGCUGGAACUCAGGGUCUGAGACCUAUUAUUUUGCAGUGUAGCCACAGUCCUGCUUGCCUCAGGCCCUGGGUGUCAUCCAGAAGUAGCCCACAAUUCCAUGAGAAGACUUUCUCAGACUUCUCUAGCCCAAGAAUCUGCAGUCCACUCUAUUGAAAAUGGAAGCCCCUGCCCCCCGCCUCCUUGGCAAAUGGUAGCAGGUCAAGUUAGUGUUAACCCAUUCUGUUCUCAUCACUGAUCUGCAAGCAUGCCAUUAUAGAGCUUCCUAGGUUUGCAAUGGAGAGUGAACUCAUCAAGCCUUCUGCAAAGCGACAUGCAGGGUGAACAGUAAAGUUUUCCCACAGUGCACCAUAUUCCUAGGGCUACAGCAGCCACAUUUUGGGAUGGGGUGGCGCUAGGGAUUCUGAGAUAUGGUUACUUUGACUCAGAUCUGCGCACUGUAGUGUGGACACCAAAGCCCUAAAUUCAAGCAAGGGUCAGAAAAUUCUUAACGUAGGUUUAAAAUACAAUGUAGAUGUUCAAGGCCAGGGUUCAUUAACAUGGGUCAGCUGACUCCAGCCCCACUAACCCUGCGCCUAAAUUGCAGUGUAGACAUACCCUUACUCACUACUACUUGGAGAAUUGUAUAUAGUUCUAUGGAGAAUUAGGUUCUGCUUAUAACAGAAUUCACUAAUUACAGAUUAGUCAGACAUGUUGCACCUGAUUUUAAUAAAUGACCUUCAACUUUGCAUACACAAUUUUGGGUUCACAAUUUACUGUGGGCAUAAAUACAAGUAUCUGUAUGUUUACCUGACUGCAUUCAAAAUGCAUUUGUGUCAGUCGUUCUUUGUAGACCCAACAUUCCCCUCCUCACAACUGGAGGUUGAGUUAAGGUACUUUAAAAAUGUAACUAAUAAUAUGUUUUCCCCCACAUUGUUAGCUUUCAUUUAGCUAAUGAUUUAUAAAAUGUCUGUGGGCCAAGGAUGAAUAUUUCACACACAACUGUAAUCUUUUGUAAUUUUUUGCUAGUAGACUGUGCUAUAAUUAAAGUAGUUCUGUUCUUAAGAGUAACUAGCUCCU